UCAGUUUUUUAUUAAGUGCCGCGGCUGAAAGGUCAAAAUAGACCAAAAUGUGGUUUAAAACAAUUUUCCUUUUAAUUUCAUUACAAGCUGUGCUGAUUGCACCUCAAGCUGUGACAAUAAGUUGCAAUUAUAGACAAGCAGCUCCAACUUAUCCAUAUACAUGUGAUUUAACACUAGUAAAUCCUGGUGGACUCGACAAUUUUGAUAGAGUUCAAGGCGAGCAUCUUGAAGGUCGAAAUGAUUCCGAUGUUCUUCUCGUCAGUGGCUACAAUCAAAAUUCACGCCUUGUUCCAUCUGUAAUUUGUCGUCAGUUCCCAAAUCUUAGGGAUUUGUACAUAUCAAGCAGUAAUAUUGUCAACAUUAAUGAAGCAGCUUUUGCUGAAUGUAGAAAUUUACAGAGCGUAAUGUUGAGUUUUAAUGAAAUUAGUGAGGUUCCUGACAAUACGUUUAGAAACAGUGAACGAUUGGAUUUUAUUUAUUUGAGCAACAACCGCAUUCGAUUACUGACUCCAAACUCUUUCGUCGGAACCCGAGUUCAAUAUCUCGCAUUAGGAAUGAACGAUUUAAAUGCAUAUAAUCCAGAUUGGUUUACACCUGUUAAUGCAACAUUACAAACUUUGGAAAUCCUUGCUAAUGGAAUCACAGUUUUACCAAACAUGGCAUUUUCUAACCUUCGAAACUUGAGAUAUCUUGACUUGACAGGAAAUAGAUUCACAACUUUACCUGGGGAUGUGUUUACUGGUUUGGAUAGACUUGAGAAUAUUUACAUCUCAGACUGUAGCUUCCCACAAAUGAAUCCUAAUUGGUUUACUGAUUUGGUUUCCUUGGAUGAAUUUCAUUAUGAAUUCAAUGGAGUAUCUUCAUUACCAGCUGGUGUAUUUGCACCUCUUAGUAGACUUAGACGACUCUUUUUGGGCAGCAACAAUCUAACAUCAAUUGGAUUAGCAGCUUUUGGAACUAAUGUUGCUGUUCUUGAAGUCCUUGGUAUUGACAAUAACCCAAUUGUCUCAGUUGAACGUGAACUCUUCGUCAGAGCUAGAUAUUUAGACAUAAUUUCACUUUAUCGAGGAACAUGCUUCAAUUCAAAUAUUUAUAAUAUCCAAACAAGCCGUUCACAAGCAAUGACAACACUUGAGAAGUGUUUUGCUAAUUUUGGAACUGAAAUGGCAUCAUGUAGAUUUGCACCAGAUUCUAGUCAUGAAUAUAGCUGUGAAAUGGACAUCACCAAUCCAUUCGGAAAUGAUUUCAGCACAGUAGCCGGUGAACAUCUUGCAGAUCGUGAAGACAGUGAUGUCAUCUCAGUUAUUGCUAUGUUCCAAAGCACCCGCAACAUCCCACCAGUAAUAUGCCGCCAAUUCACUGCAUUACGUGAUUUAGUCGCAAUGUCAAGUUUCGUAGAAGUAUUAAGUCAACAAUCAUUCAGUGAAUGUCGAGCUUUGGAACGAUUAGAUUUAUCAUACAAUGAGAUAGCAACAGUAGACGAUAACACAUUCGUAAACAGCCCACUUCUGCGUGAAUUGAAUUUGGCCAACAAUAGAAUUACAAGAUUGAAUUCUAACUCAUUUGCUGGAACUAGAAUUCGUGUAUUAACUUUAUCAAAUAACAGAUUAUUUGAAUUCAGUCCAGAAUGGGAUCGACCAAUUGAAAAUACUCUAGAGGAACUUGACUUGUAUAGGAACUAUAUCCAACAAAUUGAAAGCACAACAUUCAGCAAUUUGAGGGCUUUGAGGAAUUUGGAUUUGAAUAAUAACUUUAUUAUUGGCAUUGCUGACAACGCAUUUUCAAACCUUACAACCCUCACACGCUUAACAUUAGCAGGAUGUAAUAUCCGUCAGCUUAAUCCAGCAUGGUUUGCAGGACUCUCGAACCUUAUUCAUCUAUCAAUCGCCAGCAAUGAAUUGACAAAUUUCCCAGUGAAUAUUUUCGAUUCCUUAACAAGCCUUGAGGAUCUUUACUUCUAUAAUAAUCGUAUCGUUGAUAUUCGUGCUGACUCUUUUGGUGCAUCUUUGCCAACAAUCAGAACACUUUAUGGUUCCAACAAUGCAAUCAAUGUAUUUGAUCCAGAUAUUUUAAAUCGGGGAACUCAGUUGUCUAGUCUUUUAUUCUAUGCAAAUUUGUGUACACAACUUAACAUUUUUGAUGUCCGUGGUGAUCCAGAAUUGGUUCUUCAACAUCUUUCAAGAUGUACAGCAAACUUUGCCGCAGCACCGAGAUUAGCUUGCACAUACGACAGAUUAAUUACAGGAAGAAUUUAUUGGUGUGACUUAUCCGUAGUCAAUCCAUCAGGACGCGAUGAUUUUGAGAGAAUUGAAGGUAAUCAUCUUCCAGGAUCAAAUGACGACCAAGUUAUGUACAUCUCAUCAGAAAACCAGAAUACUCGAGUAUUUCCAUCAGUUAUAUGUCGUCAGUUCCCUAGUCUUCAAAUUUUAGACAUCAUUACAAAUGACAUCACAGAACUUACAGAUCAAACUUUCGGCAACUGUAGAUUCUUACGUGAAAUCAUCUUAAUGGGCAACAAUAUCAGAACAAUUCCAAAUCGAGCAUUUACAGGAGUCCCUAAUCUCCUUGAAUUGUACCUUGACAAUAACAAUAUAGAAACUAUUGGAAGUACUGCUUUUGCUGGCACUCAAAUUCAACUUCUAGACUUGAGUAUCAACGGAAUUCGUGAAUUCGUUCCUGCAACUUAUGCAGCCAUCGGUGCAUCAUUAAGAAUUUUAAGAUUAACUGAUAAUCGACUUGAACAGCUUCCAGAAAAUGCUUUUGCUGGUUUACCACAUUUACAAGAUCUUGAAUUGAAUCACAAUCACUUCUUUACACUUCCAGCACAUGUCUUUAAUCCACUUAUCAAUCUUCGAGUUCUUCAAAUUGCCAACUGUGGAAUUGAAAGAAUCCAACCAGAACUAUUCUCAGGAUUAAGAAGCUUAGUUGAUCUGGAAUUAGCACUUAAUGAUUUUGACAUGCUGCCUGAAAAUAUUUUCGAUCUUCCAAAUCUUCAUGUCCUUGGACUUGAUGGAAAUAACUUGAGAAUUCUAGAUGCAAACAUGUUUGGACAGUCAUUAAGAUCCUUAUGGACAGUCGAUGCAUCCCUCAAUAGAAUUGCUGCAGUCGAUCCAAACAUCAUUGCAGAAAAUUCAACAAUCAGCAACUUGAAUCUAGCUUUCAAUGGCUGCUCUGAUUCUAACUUUGCAGACAUUCCAAAUAAUCGUCAAUCUGUUCUUAAUGCUCUUGCUGGAUGUAUUAGCAAUUUUAAUAAUGUCUCAAUUAGCUGUACAUUUACUGAAGAUGAAGCGAUAUAUGAAUGCUUGUUAGCAUUGAAUAAUGUUAAUGAUCGGUUGAGAUUCGAUAGUGUGGCUGUGGAUCAUAUGCCUAAUCAUAAUGAUAACUUUGUAACACAUAUUAGAGCUGUCGCACAAAAUUCACGAUCCAUCCCAUCAGUCCUCUGCCGUCAAUUCAGAAAUGUUGAAGCCAUCUAUUUCCUAUCAAGUAACUUAGAAGUCAUCUCAUCAGAUGCUUUAGCUGGAUGUCAAAACUUGUACUCAAUCAAUUUGUCAGGAAACAAUCUACUUGAGAUUACUGAUGGAACUUUUAGAGGAAAUCAAUAUUUGUCAGUUUUGAAUGUUGCAUCGAAUUUAUUGAGCAGAUUAACUCCUGCAAUCUUCCAAGGUACACAAAUCUACUUCCUUGAUAUUGAAAACAAUCGAUUCCGAGAAUUCAAUCCAGCAUGGCUUGCACCAGUCGCAUCAGAAAUGCGUUACUUAAUCUUCCGUAAUAACGAAAUUCGCAGAUUCCCAAGAGAUGCUUUUAGAAGUUUCCCACGACUUGUUGAUUUAGAAUUUAGUGGAAAUCCAGACAUCUUCGUUCCUUCAGAUGCAUUUGAAACCAACACAAUGAUGUAUGACUUAGAAAUGGCUAAUUGUGGAUUAAUGAACUUAAAUCCUCAUUGGUUUAAAAAUCUUCAGUUCCUUAAUCGUCUUGAGGUUGAUUUAAAUGGAAUUACGGAACUUCCGCAAAGAGUCUUUGACUUGCCAUACUUAAGAAUUCUUGGAAUUACUCUCAAUCGUAUUGGAACUUUGGAUUCGAGAGCUUUUGGAUCAUCAUUAGGUCGAAUUGAACGUCUUGAUGCUGAAGAAAAUUUAAUUCAUGCAAUUGAUAGAAGAAUUCUUGAAAAUUCAACGACAUUGUCUGAGUUACUACUUGCUGGCAACAUGUGCACAAGCAGCAAUUUCUUAAAUGUACAAGAUCAGUUAUCAACUGUUAUGCAAGCUCUUCAAGAGUGCUUCAAUAAUUUUGAUAAUUUGUAAAUCAUUUUAUGGUGAAAUGGGUGAAAUUUACGCGAUAAGAUUUGAAGUGUGAAAAUUUUUCAUAAAAUUUAUUUUGUAGCUUAAGGUUCAAAAAACGAUUUUUGUAAAUAAAAAAUGCAUUAAAAAUUUAA